UGUAAAAUUGACCAUAGGUUUAUCAAAUAUGAAUAAACCCACGUGAGCGGAAGCGUGUGAUAUCAUCACCAAAACACUGUGCCCUGGAGCUGGAAGAAUACUCCUUCUUCAUCUGAGGAUGUGACACGGUUACAAAUAACAAUUUCUUGUUGUUUACCUCCAUUUAGGAAGCACUAUGCUCGAGCAGUCGGAUCGCGCUCCACUGCUGGACUGGGAAGAGAUUUCACCAGCCGAACUGACCCAGGCGGUUCCCUCACCAGCAAAAGAACAUGGAUGGGAAUCGAGCCCGCCAGACGGCUGUUCUCAGGGCAUCACCGCGCCUGGCAUAGGCUGGAGCACCAGAUAUGGGGGUCGAGCAACUGUAACCGCUGUUCCCAGUUUGAACGGGAGCCCUAGCCCUGACUACACUGGUCCAUGGGAUGUCCCCAGUCCCAUCAAUGCCGACCCUGGAAUAUCUCUGAAAGAACGAGUGGGAUGGGAGGAAAAGGACCAAAUAGUGUCUGUGUUUGUGGUAACCUUUGACACAAGAUCCGGUAACAUGGUGGAAUGGUGCUUACCCCAAGAUGUGAAUCUUGACGGAGUGGAAUUCAAGUCAAUGGCCAGCGGCUCACACAGAAUCAGCAACGACUUCAUAUAUUUCCGUAAAGGCUGCUAUUUUGGGCUGGCGUGUUUUGCUAACAUGCCUGUUGAGAGUGAGUUGGAGAGAGGGGCACGGAUGAAGUCUGUGGGUAUUCUGUCUCCCUCUUACACCCUCUUAUAUCACUACAUGCACUUCCUGGAGAACCAGGUUAGACACCAGCUGCAGUGCCCUGGCUCGUACUCUCCUCUGGAGGCCUUCUAUGAGCAUAAAAAAGCUGUGCUGCACCCAGCAGGGAACGGACUGGUCACUGCCUGUCCAACCAGCUACUGGGUCCCAGCCAUCAACCGCUGCAUGCACCCAGAGAUGAAGAUCACCCACCCGGCCGGCUGCAUGUCCCAGUUCAUCCGCUUCUUUGGGGAGCAGAUCCUGGUGCUGUGGAAGUUUGCCCUGCUCCGAAAACGCAUCCUCAUGUUUUCCCCACCGCCUGUUGGUGUCGUGUGCUACAGGGUGUACUGUUGUUGCUGCCUGUCCAACGUCUCUAUACCUGGGAUAGGUGUGUCUGUGCCUGAGCUCCGCCCCUUCUUCUACGUCAAUGUGGCAGACAUCGCUGCCCUGGCGACAGAGAUGUCAUAUGUGGCCUGCACCACCGAGAAGAUAUUUGAGGAGAAGAAGGAGCUGUAUGACGUAUAAGUUGAUAACCAGAAUGUGAAGACACACAGAGAUAGCAUGCAGCCACUGCUCCGGCUGAACGGGGCCGACCGGGAGAAGUAUAGGAAACUGAGCGAACAAAGGCAAAUGCUACAUUACACUCAGGAGGUGGCUGGAGACUGCACAUCAAAUGAGGAGGACCUCUUUAUCCUGUUUUUCAUGGAGCAGAAUAACCGUAUCUUCCAGACUCUAUCGGAGGUGGAGGCGAGUGCGGACCACACCCUGACUGCAGAGCAUGUGAGAGCCAUGGGACUGGACCCCCAGGCAGACCGCACAUUCCUGGAAGACCUGCUGGAGGUCUAUGGCAUUGACGUUAUGCUGGUCAUCGAUAACCCCUGCUGCCCCUGAGCUCUGGCUGUGGCCUGUUCUCUCUUGGUCCUCUGAAGACACUGCCUCCUUCUCUUCCUUCCCUGGCGUUCUGCCCAGUCAAAGGCCUGCAGGUCUCUCUCUCUCGAUCUCUCGCCCGGCUCCGGGAUAUAGCUGUCUAUGGCCAGUGUUCACUCAAUGACAGCUCACCUAGUAAACUGGGCCGCAAUGAUAGAUGAUAGGUACUGCCUGGACUCUGCAGUGCUGUCUGGCGACAGUCUGUUCCCUAUUCAACAAGCACUUGUCUUGUUUGUCUGUUCGCUUGGAAUCGGUUCUCUUCUGACCUGGAUCUCUGCUUGGAUCACCAGGCCUAGUCACUGGAGGUGGAACCAUUGAUCAAUGUGCCUCGUUUGUACUGCUCCCAAUACUAUGGAGCACUGCUGACCGACAGAACCACGGAUCUAGUAUCCAGUGUGGAGCUGGAUCAUUCAUUGUUCCUCCCACUUGGAAUCUUCAUUAAAUCUCCAUGGAAAUAAAAUUCUGCUGUGGCACCAAGCCCUUUUUUCUUAAAUCUUUACAGAGGAUUCUGCCUAACCAUGUAUGUUGUGUUACAAAAUAUGAAUGUGAUUGUCACUUUACCAUGACUUUGUUUCCCCAAAAUUCUGCAUCAGGUCUGCUAGAAUUGAGAGUAAAGAUCACAUGGUUUUCACUCUCUGUUUUCCUCUAAACAUUUCAUGCUGAAGUUGAUCAAUAAUUUAUUUUCUGCGUGAAAAAAAGGAGCAAUGUGAAUUUUUGCGUAUUUGUCAAAUUUCAAUAAUCAAGAAAGCUUAUUCCGAUGAAUCUGAGUCACAUAAACAUCAAAUAGGAAUACCGUUUUUUUCAUGAUGUCAGCUAAUCAUACACAUUAAAAGGGAAAGAUGUAUCAUGCAGGAUGUAUUUAUUUGAAAUCAUGCCCUGGUCCAAGGAGGUAUUUCUUAUGGAGUGAUGAAAGGAAUAUUUGUUAAAUACUGUAACAUUUCAGUAGAGUCUGCACCUGUUUGUCUGACCUUGGUCUAAUGCUGACACUCACAUGGCAGACUCGACCCAGCAAACCAAUAGUGGUUCUGUGAAAGUUCCCAGAACAUUCGUUAGGUUGCGGCAAAUAUUUUCAUAACACAAAACGGUACAGUUGUGCUGAUGAUUAUACAAUGUUUGAAUAAAACAUUCUCCUGAUGUUGCAAGAACAUUCCAGAAAACAUUUUGUCUGUUCUUAACCUGGAAACCUAAUGAGAACAUUUGGGUAAUGUUCUGUGGUGGUUGUUACAGAUGUUGUGCACAAAAUGUUAGUGAACGUUAGAACAUUCCAAGGAUAUUUAAUUUAAAACAUUUUCAAAAAAUAUAUAAAAAAUGUGGAUGUUGUCAUCCUAAUGUUAGAUAAAACCCUAACUAUAACUUAAUGGGAAUCUUCGCUAAUGGUUUAGGAAUGUUAGAUAAAACCCUAACUAUAACUUAAUGGGAAUCUUAGCUAAUGGUUUAGGAAUGUUAGAUAAAACUAUAACUUAAUGGGAAUCUUAGCUAAUGGUCUAGGAAUGUUCCCGGUUUGCUUGGCAGUAACUUACAGGGUUUACUUGUUCCAUGAUCACAUUGAACAUGUGUUUAUUUUGCAAUGUGACUUCUGGAUAAUGUGUUGUGUAUUGUCUUAUCAAGUUUCUUAAUUCGAUGUUUAAAAUUCAAAAGCCACUCACACUCUGAGCUAUCUUUUUUGCAGGUGCAUGGUAACAGUUGGAUAAGAUGAGAAAAAGAAGGACCCCACACACUGCUCUUGAUAGUAUCACUGCUCUUUAAUAAGCUUUACGUAUCGGCCUCACGGCCUUCGUCAGAGCUUUUUCAUUUGAUGUUUAAAAUGGUCAACCUGGGAGACUUAAAUGCAUGUGAUUCUAUGACACUAACUGAUCAUGAAUUCUGCACCACACCGCAACCUCUGGACUCGUGUUUGAUGACCACAUGAUUAUGUGUAAACUUAUUUGUGUGCUGAUUUAAUGGUCCAAUGUUCUGCCAACAGAGAAAAGGUGCAGUCAGUGAUCUAACAGUCAGUCUGUCUCAGAGUGAGCGGGUGUUUCUCAAGUGGAGAAGCUAGCUGUGUACUUGAGUUUUAGUUUGAUUCAAAUGAGAUUUGUUGCAGAUUGAAUUAAAUCCACUGGUGUGCUAUGAGUGCAGAUACAACUCGAGUGUUAUUUUCUUGUAGGAGCUAGUCAGCUGCAAGCUGUGCCCCGUCACUGUAACAAAGACUCCUUUGUAUUCUUAGUUCUCUGGUGAUGUCAACCCCAAGCAUGAUAGUGGGAUUUACCCUCCUAUCUGGGCAGACAGUCAGACCCCAUCUGUUUUGGCAGAGGGUCUUCUUUAGCCCUCACACUAUGGUUCUGCAUUGUGUGGAUAAAAAUAUAUAUGGAUAGGAGCGCUGAUAUAGGAUCAGUUUUACUUUUUAGAUCAUACUGAAUAAGAUUACAUGGACAAGGGGACUUGAUCCUAGAUCAGCACUCCUACUCUGAGACCCUUUUUGAAUACAGGCCCUGGAGAUAAAGUUACUUUGUUCAAAUAGUGCUGGGAGACAGACUGUUCAUGAAAUCAAUGGCUUAAGCCAUUGCUCAAUGACUCAUAAAAUAGUGUUGAUGAAGACUGCACACUGCUUCCAUUGGGUUCAACUGGUCAGUAAGUGUCAGCAAUAGUGGCAAUGUUCAUUGAGGUUUUACUAGGAACAGUUUUGUUAUAAAGCCUAAUUAGUAGGUCAUCUUUUAGUGUUGUGGACAGGCACUCAAUCAAGACCACAGGCUUAUUUUAACUGGAAAGAUGCAUAGGGGAAAAGUUUUUCAAUUUAAUGACUUCCAGCUACUGUAUCAAUGUGUUAAUUGACACUACUGAUACUAGUGCUAAUAUGAUUAAAUGUACAAGUUCUUCACAUCCAUGAUGACUUAGCUCAUUUUCUUUGCUCUGUUUGUUUUGACCUGUUCCACCUUGUGCCUUUCGGCACAUCCUGGGCAUGCUACCAUUUGUUUUACAGGUGUAUCAUGUCUAUGAAGUAGAGUGUAUACGACACAAACGGAAUUGUAUCAAAUGCUUUCUUUGUGGAAUUUGUUCACAGACCUGUACCAGCAUUGGCUAAUUGGAAUUUAUUUGUACAGUAUGUCACCGCACUGAAUGUCAAAAGAAAGAAUGAUCUGUUGUACUUCAGCACUAAUAUGCAACAAGAGCGGUAACUUAUAUAGCCUUGAUCACAGCAACUGUAACAUAAACCUAUACUCCCAACUACACAGCUAUAUCCAGAACCUGUGCUACUGUAAAACAUGGAAAGAGACUUCAGUGACGAAUACCCAUUUAGUAACUUGAUCGCAUGAGCCACUCGUUUCCAAGCCAGUGACAUUAUACAGUACUUCCAUUGUAAACACAAAACAUUUGUUUUCUCGGAAUCUUGUUGGAUUGUAUUUGUGAUAGUGUUGCCAAUGGAGAGUGAUUCUCAUGCCAAUGUAUCUCAUCUUAUCAUAGAGUACUGUACAAUGCCGACAGUCUCUCUGCACAUCUCUAGAGACUGUUCAUUCCAAUUGGUAUUAAAAGGCAAUAGAACACA